UUCGAGCAGGUACUACCAAACUCUGGUAAGAUGGAUAGGCCAUUGGAAUUUAACAUGGACAAGAUGGGGCGGACAAUUUCGCUGGCUGGUAAUGGGAAAAAGCAGGACCGUGCUCACCAAGCUCAAGAUGUCUCCACCUCCAGCGAUAUUCACCAAUCACACAUGUCAGGUGGGGACGGAAUGAUGCAGCCGCAGAUGAUGGGCAUGAUGGGUGGGCCAAUGGGAAGCGGACCCAUGGGGCCUAUGGCUGGACCUAUGGGAAGUGGGCCUAUGGGGGGAAUGGGCUACCCUGGAGCAAUGAAUAUGAUGACCCCAGACCCCAGCAUGAUGAUGAUGGGGCCUAUGGGAGGAAUGGGGUUCAACCAGUUUGGUGGAUACAUGGGGCCUAUGGGCCAGGGUGUGGAUUGUCCCCCAGAGUUUAUCCGUAAGGAUGUGAUCGAACUAAAGUUUGGGGUCCUGUAUCCGCCACCACCAGGAGCGCCACCUAGAAGCAGACGAGAGAAACCACCAGGAUGUCGGACUAUUUUUGUAGGAAGCCUACCCGAGGGAGUUACCGAAGAAAAUAUUUACGAAAUCUUUGAGCGCUUUGGAAACAUUCUGUCAGUACGGCUGAACAAAAACAACUAUUGUCACAUACGAUACGAGUUCGAGGACUCCGUAGAAAUGGCUCUUCUUCUCUCAGGUUACACCCUGAAGAUUGAAUCUGAUGGUGACGCUGUCAAGAGCAAACAUAUCCACGUAGACUACGCUCAGGCCCGUGACGACCAGUAUGAAUGGGAGUGCCUACAGAGGGCGCUAGCUAGAGAGAACCGGCAUCGGCAGCAGAUUGAAGAAGCCAUGCUCCGCCCACCUAGCCCACCUCCUGUGCUCAGAUACUCGGAGUAUGAAGCACAGAUACUCCUAGAGAACUUGAAAAAUGAUGAGACCUUCAUGCAGAGCUCCAAUACACUGUUGUCGUGGCUGACUCGUGGCGAGUGUAGUCGCAAAAACGCCAACGUUUUCUACAGUCUUAUCCAGACAACCAAUGCCCAUGUGCGGCGAUUGCUGACUGAGAAAGAGAACCACGAACAAGAGAUUGAAAACAUGAAGGCGAAUUUCCGCCAACAGAUCCAAGGAAUCUUGCGACAAUUUGAACACAUAGAGAGAAUCUUUUCCGAGGCUCAAAAACAGCGGGCAUCCGACCACUUCUCAAAGGCUCAGCGCAAGAGCAUUGAUGUCUGGUGCAAGCAGAUUCAGGAAAUCAAACAAGUUGAGCAAGACAAGUUCCUGUCUGAUCGCCAUGAGGACGAGAUGGAAAUGUCCGACACUGAUCAAGAUGAUGAUCAAGAAGGGCCAGCCACCAAACGCAAGAAAGUCGAUCAGGGGUCUCAGCAUGAGUUGUAUCGACUACGCGAUGAGAAUGACUCUCUGAAGUGCCAGCUUGAGGCGUACAAAAAUGAGAUCGACAUCAUGAAGCAGGAUCUGCAGAUGCAGCUGGCAGAGAAGGACAAGCAAAUCAAAGUGCUGCAACAGGCACUGCAGGGCAUGCAACAGCAAUUGAUCUCUUUCAGACUUCUAGCACAGGAGAAUAAAAAGAAAAGUACAGAAGAAUCGAACAGCACUUCAGAGAAAACAACAGAAAAGGUAGUGGAUAAAGAGGCAGAUGUCCUGGCAGAGCUGGCAAGGCAAGAAAGUUCUGAGACUGACACAGGGGAAAACUUACAGACAGAGAAAACUGUUGAGGGUGCAAAAGAGCCAGACCCUGCAGAGUGGGAGGCGAAACGUCUGGCGUCAGAACUGGAGGAGAGGAGGAAACGUGAGGAGAGAGAAAAGAGCCAGGCAGAAACGCCGAGCAGUAGUACGACAUUUGCACUCUCAGAGAAACAGACCAAAAUCAUAGGGUUGGUAUCCUGCUUCCUACAUGUUCACCCAUUUGGGGCCAGCACAGACUACUUGUGGUCGUACCUACAGAGGCUCAACUUGUUCUGCAGGCCCAGCGAGAUUGAGGACCUGAUGGAACGAUUGCCCAUGCUGUACAAGAUAGAUCUGCAUGGUGUGGGAGCCUCCAUCGAGAGGCGCUGGAAAUUCAUUGGCUAUGCUGGAUUCAACUGAAGAAUGGACAUCCUUUCAAUUCAUGACUGUUCUUCAGUGAGAGCCAAGAAAUUGGCUAGCAU